CGGCCCUCGGUCUUGAACCUUUGGGUGGCCCAGAGAAAGGAAACCUGACUUGAGGCCCAGCUCUCAGAUUCCUGUGGAUACACUGCCUGCUCAUCUAUCGAGAUCAUGGCCCUCCACCCCCGCAGAGUUCGGCUGAAGCCCUGGCUGGUGGCCCAAGUGGAUAGUGGCCUGUACCCAGGACUCAUCUGGCUACACAGGGACUCCAAACGCUUCCAGAUCCCUUGGAAACAUGCCACCCGGCACAGCCCCCAGCAAGAGGAGGAAAACACCAUUUUCAAGGCCUGGGCUGUGGAGACAGGGAAGUACCAGGAAGGGGUGGAUGACCCCGACCCAGCUAAAUGGAAGGCCCAGCUCCGCUGUGCUCUCAACAAGAGCAGAGAGUUCAACCUCAUGUAUGAUGGCACCAAGGAGGUGCCCAUGAACCCAGUGAAGAUAUAUCAAGUGUGUGACAUCCCCCAGCCCCAGGGUUCAAUCAUUAACCCAGGAUCCACUGGGUCUGCUCCUUGGGAUGAGAAAGACAAUGAUGUGGAUGAAGAAGAUGAGGAAGAUGAGCUGGACCAGUCACAGCACCACGUCCCCAUUCAGGACACCUUCCCCUUCCUGAACAUCAAUGGUUCUCCCAUAGCACCAGGCAGUGUGGGCAACUGCAGUGUGGGCAACUGCAGCCCUGAAGCAGUGUGGCCCAAAACAGAACCUCUGGAGAUGGAAGUGCCCCAGGCACCUAUACAGCCUUUCUAUAGCUCUCCAGAGCUGUGGAUCAGCUCACUCCCAAUGACUGACCUGGACAUCAAGUUUCAGUACCGUGGGAAGGAGUACGGGCAGACCAUGACCGUGAGCAACCCCCAAGGCUGCCGGCUCUUCUAUGGGGACCUGGGUCCCAUGCCUGACCAGGAGGAGCUCUUUGGUCCCGUCAGCCUGGAACAGGUCAAGUUCCCGGGGCCAGAGCACAUCACCAAUGAGAAGCAGAAGCUGUUCACCAGCAAGCUGCUAGACGUCAUGGAUAGAGGACUGAUUCUGGAGGUCAGCGGGCACGCCAUCUAUGCCAUCAGGCUGUGCCAGUGCAAGGUGUACUGGUCUGGGCCAUGUGCCCCAUCGCUUGUUGCCCCCAACCUGAUUGAGAGACAAAAGAAGGUCAAAUUGUUUUGUCUGGAAACGUUCCUGAGUGAUCUCAUUGCCCACCAGAAAGGACAGAUAGAGAAGCAGCCACCAUUUGAGAUCUACUUAUGCUUUGGGGAAGAAUGGCCAGAUGGGAAACCCCAGGAAAGGAAACUCAUCUUGGUUCAGGUCAUUCCGGUGGUGGCUCGGAUGAUCUAUGAGAUGUUUUCCGGUGACUUCACACGAUCCUUUGACAGUGGCAGUGUCCGCCUGCAGAUCUCAACUCCAGACAUCAAGGAUAACAUCGUUGCCCAGCUGAAGCAGCUGUACCGCAUCCUGCAAACCCAGGAAAGCUGGCAGCCUAUGCAGCCUGCCCCCAGCAUGCAACUGCCCGCUGCCCUGCCAACCCAGUAA